AUGGUAUUCUCUGGCCAUUACGAUGGCGAUGAUGGUGAUGAUGUUUGUGAUGAGGAAAUUGCUUAUUGCUUCCAUGAUGGCGGUGAUGGUGAGCUCUAUGAUGUUGAUUGUUCUGGUUACUUCGUCCUUCAUCUCUGCUCUUCCACGACAUCAUAUCAAGUUCCUGAUGAUCAACUGAGGUCGUCAAUGAUAAAGCGGCAAUCAAUAGCGCAAACGCCAUUGAAGUUCUUUUCAUCAGCAUUGGUAAUUCUGAAAUACUGGAAAAUUUUGACCUAUGAAAAAAGUGACGCAAAAUUCUUUGACCUAAGAUAUGAAGCACUGGAUCGAUUUGACUAUCGGUGUUUUGCAUUUUAUCACUGGAAACUGGUAAGGAUAGUGUCAUAA